CGCGGCUGCUCUCGGUGGACGCUCGCAUCCGGCGCUCCGGAGAAACACCAGUGCCCGCAGCAAUGGCGGUGGCGCCUUGAGCCCCGUGUGUUGUUCAUCCGCUGCCGUGCGCGCGUGUGUGUGUGUGCGUGCGGCGCUCCGCGCCGAAACCUGGUUCAUCGCUGUGUCGUCGGUGGUGCGUCCUACUUCCACGUUCAAGUGCCGGCCCAUGCGUCCUCUGCCGGCAUCAUGCCUUCCCGCGAGCUGUCGACGAGCGUGAUGAGCGGCUCGUGCCCGACCGUGGGGCCCGACUGGGUCGCGGCGAGGGUUCGCGAGUCGUCGGCGCCCGAGCUGCUCCUGCUCGACUGCCGGCCGCCCGAGCAGUUCGCGCGGUGCCGGUUGCGCGGCGCACUGGGCGUCAGCCUUCCCGCGUCGCUGCUCGUGCUGCGGCGACUGUCCAACGGCAAGUUGUGCGUCUCCAGCGUGCUCAGGGACGCCCGGCAGCGCGACGCCUUCGAGGCGUGCUACCGCCAACUGCCCAUCGUGCUGUACGACGGCGACGGCUGCUACGCCGACGCGCAGGUCACCGGAGUGCUGGUGCAGCGGCUCCGCCAAGAUGGCUGUCAGGUGUCCUGCCUGCAAGGCGGCUUCUCGGAGUUCCACUCUCGCUACCCCGAGUGGUGCGACAGCGGGGAGCCGCAGGAGCCCGGGGGACCGGCGGUCUCCUCUGCUCCUCCGGGCACCACCACCACCACCACUCCGGGCGGCCCGGUGUCGGUGACCACGACUCGGGCCCUCCUAGGUCUGGAGACGCUGCGCAUCUCCACCGAGUGCGGCUCUCCCAAGGACCCACGCGACGACCCGGACCGCUGCGACAGCGGGCUCGCCCGAGACGACAGCCCCGGGGGCGCGGACCCACCGUUUCCCGUGCAGAUUGUGCCCUUCCUGUAUCUAGGCAACGAGGAGAACUCUCUGGACUUGGACUCCCUGGAGCGGCACAACAUCCGCUACGUGCUCAACGUGACGCACAACCUUGCGAACGCGUUCGAGGGACGAGGCCUGAAGUACAUGAAGAUCCCCAUCGAGGACCACUGGUCGCAGAACCUGGCCUCCUUCUUCCCGCAGGCCAUCGCCUUCAUCGACGAGGCGCGGCAGAAGCGCGUCGGUGUGCUGGUGCACUGCCUGGCCGGGGUGUCGCGCUCGGUGACGGUGACGCUUGCCUACCUGAUGCAGAAGCACAAGCUGCCGCUCAACGAGGCGUACGACCUGGUCAAGAAGCGCAAGGCCAACAUCGCGCCGAACUUCAACUUCCUCGGCCAGCUGCUCGACUUCGAGCAGCUGCUGGACCUGCGGCCGCAACGGUGCGGCUGCUGCCACACGCCGUGCCGCUGCCGCCGCGCGCUCCACUUCACGUCGCCCACCCGCACCACGCCGGACUCGGGCAUUGAUCUGGACCGGUGGACGUAGCGUGAGGCCCGCGGGGGCAGCCGCUUCCAGUUUGCCCCCGCGGUCACGCCCGACGAGCUCGAGCCCGUGCUCGAGCCUGCGUCGGAAGAGGACGAAGAGCUCGGCGCGUCGGCGGCGCCUGCCGGCAGCCACCGUCAGCAGCCGCAGGACGGCUGCGACGCCGUCUGAGCGACACGGCCUUCGCCCACUCACCACGAAGAUCCCUCGCGUGCCUCCCUUCAAGCCCUGGUUGCAGGGAAGAGAACAAACGGAAACAUGUGCUCUAGGCUCGGGAAGGACACCCUCUCCAGUAGAUUUUCAUCUACUAGUCCAGUGCAAGAACUUGGUGCUGCGUCACCUCGGCCAGUUGUCCCAAAUGAGUGGACGACAGGCCUCCGUUGGCUUGGGCAACUGCCUGUGAGAAUUCAGUAGUUGCAGGACACUGCUGGAAUAACGUCUGCUUUCCGAGUCUGUGCCAAGGAGCCACCUGCACACAACCAGUGGUGAACAGAUGCUGCAGCAGCAUCUGCCAACUGUGCUGAAGGAACCUUGAGGUUUAGAGAUUUGUAACAAUGGGAAGGUGGUGACAAACAAACCUCGUACAAGUUCAGUGCCAUGUAAGCACCACUUGCUUCAGUCAGGCGAAACUUGAUUGUGUUAGGCUCCAGUUAGUGCCAAGUAUGAACUCGACAUUGGCAGUGACCCAGAAGUCCCUCCUUGUUUAUGGAACAGUAGAUAACCGAAUUUCCGUUUCGUCGCUCGCAGCCUUCAUCAUGCUCAAACCAAGGCUUUACAAUUCAAAUAUGGAACACGGUAAUCAUACAAUGCAACUUUAUGAUUAAAAUUUAAUAUUAUUUUUAUUAUGACAUGUCAGUCCUUUCAUCAAACAUAUUUUCCAUUCAUUGACAUUUUACAUGAAUAUUGCUCACACUGUACUGGUAAACCUUUGCUUCACAAGUCUUGUGGGCAUUUCUAAUACUAUCCUAACACUAUUGUUCAUUGCCAUAUGCAAUUACUAAUUGGCGAGCCGUUACAAAAGGGAAAUAGUCUUUGAGCAGUGGGUGUGCUUAGUAAGGAAUACUGGGAGAAGCAAUAAGCAUUUGAAGGUUUCCGAUUAUUGGAAUCACAUUGGGAACUCCUGGGAACCUGCCAUGUUCGUAGCAAGUACAAAGCAACUGCUCAGCUAGACCACUGUGCCAGCUGGUUUUGAAAGCGUGGACCAUAAAAAAUGCCUUUGAGAGCAACCUUCAUGGCCUCCCUGGGCAUUCAAGGGAAGCAGUUCUUGGCAGAUAAUGGUUGCUUGUAGCAGCCUCACUCAGCCAGGUGCUGUUAGGCCACCAGCUGCAAAGUGAAAUGGUCAGCUGUGUUGACGUGAUGUUUUCAAACAACAAGUGCAUAAAGCUGCUCAAUGCCUGGCCUUUCUAAGUGCGGAACUCUGGGGACUGUAAGGGACUCGUAUAUGAUAUCCAAGCUCUGGAAAAGGUAGUGCCCCUGUUCCUAAGCUUUUGGCCUGUUCAUUGUUCAUGUGCUAGGGACUCAUGAAAUGCAAGUUUGAUACCACUGGAAUUGUAGUCUGGUAUAGCUAUGAACUGGCACAUGUUGAAAGUUGAAGUGACAGUGAGUGCAUGUUAGCAUGUGUUGUUCUUCAAUGCAAAAUGAAGUAGUGAACCUGGUUUUUCAUUGACAGUGGCUGAAUGGUUUGAAAGAGGCAGUGCUGAAGGAUUGUGCUUUCGCCAAGGACUUCUCAUUGGGAAAUAACUGUUUUAUUGGACUGGUAGAUUUCCUUUAUAAAAUCCUCAGUUACAGCCCAAACCUUUUGCAGGCUGCUGAGAAAACAUCUGCAUGUUCCUUUGAUCUUGGCAGUGCAAUCUUUCUUGUGGGCUGGGUUUGUGUGAUGUACUUCCUAUGUUGCCACUUUAGCGAAACAAAGCAAACUAGUGUACUAACCAAUUUGUAUGUUUCUAUCACGUUACAGGUGACAGUGAGAUUCAUAGUUUUGCCUGGAAGGCUUAUUUUAAGCGAUGUGCAAAUUUUACAGGCUGCUUACACAUUGGUUCAUUGUAUUCAAGAGUCUUCCUGUUUCUACCGUCAAAGCCGAACAGUAGGUUCUGUGAUGACAGUGACAAUAAUUUCUAGCAUUUACUGCAAGCCAAGUUCUGCCAUAGUGGCACUUCAUGUGAAGGUGGCUAGAAAGCCUUCCGUUUGCGAGAAGAAGCAAUACACGCAUAAACAUUUUUGUCUGGUGCAAACCAGUCCUGGUGCCAGGUAUAUUAUAUUCAGCCAUAUCCUUGCACUCAUACUGAUACAUUAAGAGCACUUCAUACUCUAAACUUGACCUGCAGGAACCUCAUUCCUCAGUUGUCUUCCUUCACUGUGCCAAACACUGGCAAUCAGCACUGUUUUUAUAUGAGAAUCGGCCUUCUCAUGGCCUACAGCUGCAUCCACUCUUUAUGUAAGAACACCAGGCAUGGUACUGACCUAGCUCGCUGAAACACCUUAUCAGUGCAAUAACUUUUACCAUCUUUACCACCGAAGCACAAGACACAGUCAUCAUUGUAUGUGUGUAAUUCCUGAAAUCAAUUUUACCUUGCCACCUGCUGUGUCAGGAUCUAGAACGAAACUUUAAAGAUCCACUGGUGGAAGAAGGCCUGUAGCAAGAACUGCCUUUGUGAUGGAAUCAAUGUUACUGUUAACCAGCUUCGACUUCCACCAAGUGUGUGUGUGUGCGCCUGUGCUUCAGGGAAAAAGGUGUACCUUAACUUGCUGCUUUGAAAUGGCAACAUAUGAAGUUUUACCUCACUUUUGCCCAGCCCACCCAUCAUUGUUUUUAUCCUGUAAAUAGCAUCACUCAUUAUGUUACACGUGUAUAUAAUGUAAAUAAGUGAAUGGCACAAUGUUAUAUAUGUUUUUCAUUCGUUUUCUUUCGAAGCACGCUGCCACAUCCCUGCAGUCCUUGCAGGGAAGUUGGUCGCAUGUUUAGUGCAUACCGUUGACUGUAGAAACAUUUCCUUCUAAACCUGAUUGUUUGUUGCUUUGUUGUUGAUGCACACAUUACUGUUGGUUCACUUGGUGCAACCAUGUUCAAGCAUGAUAAACAGUGUGAGAAGCCUGUCACUCGUCGCAGUGACUGAGGUUGUUUAAUGAACUUGGGGGCACUUGAUCAUACGUGGUGCAGGAUCAUAUGUGGUGAAAAGAGUGACUGUAGCGAAAAUUGUUAAAGUUGCAUUGCAUAAUGUUCAGUUUGGAGCUUCUGGUGUAGUGGCUAUGUGGAGCUGCCAUCGAAAUUUAUUUGAGCCUGGCCCACGCAUGAAGUGGAUUUGUGCAAUAGGUCUUGUCAGACUGCUGCCAAUGUGUGGUGUUCAGUCACUCGUCAUGUUUUGCACGGUGCAGUCUCUCGCCGUGUCUGCCAUUUUGGACGUCGUCUUUGCAACACCCAAUUGGUCAUUUUGUUACCAAAUUUUGCGAAUGAAGUGAAUUCAAAAUGUCCUCCUUGUCCUGCACGUGAACACCUACACCACCUAUGAGAAAGCUAACAUCUCGUGCAAUUUUCCAGACUGGUCUGCCAUGAGUAGCCUGCCAAACGCUCUAGCCCAAACACUGAUAUCCUUUAGCUGGUAGCGCGGCUGCAAAGCAAAAAAAAAAAAACAAAUAACUGUUACGGGAGGAACGUGGUCGCCUGUUGUAGAGUAGAGGGAUGCACAUUAUUCUUCGUCUCUCUCACUCUUUCUCCCUUUUCGCCGACACAAAAGUAAAGCAAGAUAGCUUUGUACCGUGACUAAUAGAGGCCUCGUAUUGAUGUUGUAGCUUGCACUGCUGAAGCCAGUUACAACUCGUAGUGUCCAUAACACGAAGGAGUAGCGCGCAUUUCGAGAUACAGCCCUUUUGUAGACCUUUCACGCGUCUAGUUGUUCGCGACAGGAAAGGGCACGUAUGUUGUUCUUCCUCGAUUUAUGCGCUGUGUUACGUGUUAUCAGCCUCUCGUAAAGUACAAACCUUUCUCCUAUUGAUUUACUGCUCUUUCGCUGUCUGAGAAUUUAAGCAGACCUCAAGGUUGACGCAGUGGUCCUCUGUGGCGCCUGGAGUGUUUGGCUAAGGAAAACGAGCUCUGCUGAUGCACAGCCUGAGGGACGGUCGCACGUGAGACAUAUUGAGAAGCUUUGUCACGGCACUGUCUCUCAUCGACAUUAGCAGGCAGUGAACGAAAAUUGUGGCCGACUUGUCCGGCACUGAGUUGACACAAUCCCGUGGGCUUAAGAAAAGUGCGACGUGUAGGAGUUACACGCAAUUCUUUCCGAAGCAAACUGAAGCUCUCUUAAGAAACCUGCGCCGUCCCUCGGACUAUUGUUCACACUGUUAAGUAGGAUGACUGAAGGCGAUGGUGUCCCCUUCCUUUUGUGAAUGUUGCGGCACUUCCCUACCUUGCUCAUUCAUACAGCGCAGAGACCUCUAGCCAGCACAGUUGCGAAGCUUCGGUUAAUGACUUGCGUUCCCGGUUCCGUCACCAAAAGCGGUAGUCAUUGGAUGCUUAGUCUACGUCGUCCAUCAAGCUUGCAGUGCAGGCACCUCUAGCUAAGCUGUUGCCCGAUGGAAUGUCCAAGCGCAAAGAUUUCUCGCAGAGCUCUUUCUCACCAGCGAGGAGCCGAACUUUCUUAUUAAACCUGUUUAUGAACAUCGCAACUAUGUGCUCGCUGGCGCGAUCUCUGUGCAUUGGUUAGCAUUGAACCAAGAUAUGCAUGUCGUUUGCCGGAUAAAAAAAGGUUUGUCAGUUGUUACUUCCCCUAUUCUGUCAUAAAUACACGGCAGCCUCGCUUUUGAUAUUGCCUCAGUGUGACGGCUAAUGAAGCUGCGCGCGGUGGCAUAUGGUAGGAGAACCCAGUCUUGUGUGGGGGCCAAUUGUUGUUGAACACGUGUUGCAAGCGCCACCUGCACGCGCCGUGUUUGUGAGAGUGUUUUGGGCUGAAGAAGUGUUGGCAGUUAUUAUUUGUUAAAGACACUCAAAAGUGCGAAACCCAUUUCGUUCCAUGUUAUGAAACACGACGAGCCGAGCUGUUUGGUUGCUAAGGCGCCACGGCGUGCAGACUAGCGUCGGAAGCAAUUCUACUUGUGAGGCGACCGAGGGCAUGGAACGUCAUUUGUGACGUACGUUCGGCGUCCCAGCAUUCAUUUCACGCCUCACGACACCAACGGUGACCAGAAUACUUAACCCUAAAAUCCGUAACCUUGAGGCUUAACCUGGAAAUUCGUAAAACAUGUAUGGGCCAAGAACACAGCUCAGUCAACGCAUUAAGCGCGAGACAACGCAUCGCGCGAGACCAUGCGAUGCGACGGCCGACACGGCGGUGGGGGAAAGGGAAUGGUGGCUGUUUUCCCCACCGCCGUCCGACACGGCGGUUUUCCCCACCGCCGUGUCGGAGGGCGCAUCACAUGGAAAAUCGCACCGUCUGUCUCGCCCUUUAUGCGGAAUGUAGGCGCGCCGACGCGACGCCAGAUCUACGCCCCAAAUGCGUUCCAUAUAGUUUGUACAAAAUCCUUAGUUCUCUCGCUACGCAUAGAGCGGGGUGACACGGGCGUGCCAUGUGCAAACGCUAGGCCCGUUGGUGCAUGCAUGCGAUGCGACGCCGUCUUGUCAGAACUCGUGCCAAAACCGCGUGUAUGUAAAAUAAAAGAGCGUAUAGCGUUGUCUCCGUAUGUGUAGCUUUAAUGCUGAGCCUGUGUCGUCUGUAGCAGGACAUUACACGACAAGAAUGGUGCUUUUGCCCAGCCCUUUCAUUUCCUUUUUUCGCUUAUUGGACUAGACGUUUUCAUUAAACCGGGAGAACAAGGAAAAGCACAGACCACGCUCGCUGACCGUACUGUUUAAAAACUUUACCCGUGAUUCUUAGCUUAAGUCGCGUGGAAUGGAAUUCUUAGAAAGAGGAACUGUCACACUAUGUCGCGACAGAUGUUUGACGCUAGCAAAAACGUGUGGGACCAAACGUGGUAGAAUCGAUAUAUAGAUAUAGCUUCGGAAUGCGUUUACAUUUUUUUAACGCCUCUACGGUAGUUCCAUUAAUGUGGUCGCGUGUAUCUUAGUAUUAAAUUCACAAAGCUGUCGUGAUACCCUUUCUUGCUAAAGAAGCGUGCUUUGCGUAAUUAGCGUUCAGAGAGUGAGAGAGCGCUGCCUCGGUCGCCUCAACGGGUAGGUGCUUCAGGAGAGCGUAGGACGUAGCAACGCCUCCUCCCCAAUAAAGGAAAGACCUCCUUUGCCGAUCCCCACAUUGUUCCUGUGCUUUCGAGGCAACUGCAGACUUUGUCAUUGGAUUGUCACUUCGCUCUCUGACUGCCAAAACAACGCCGGAGUUGUUCAUCCCUCAACGGCGCUCCUUGCUCCCUCGUUUUCGUUCAUCUUAUCAAAAUGUGAUAACAAAUCAUCACCGUGCUAUGUGUGUAUGUUCUGUACAUUAUCAACCUUGUUCCACGCUCCUUUUCCCGCUGUUACGAAGAAAAAAAAAAGAGAAAGCAUGUGCCUGUUGUGCAAAAAUGCGCGGACUCGCGAAAACAACAACAAAGGUGUGUGUCGUUGGUGUUUGUUUUGGACUGAGGCGAGUGUUUUCUGGAUCCCCGCACUCGUGUGUUGGUUGAGUGCUGCGCGGAAACGGAGACUGUUAUAAUCUCGGAGUUAUUUCCAUAUACAUCUGGAAAGCCAAUAAAAUGUGCAUAUUUUUCAUGAA